UUCUGCUCUCUGCAAUGGAUGGAGAUGGAUCUCCACGUCACCUCACUGCUCAAAAUUUCUACUCGGCGAUUGCGCUCCAAACCCACUAGAGCUCUGCUCGGCACAACGAUGUGAAGCAGGACCGGCGCUUUGGUACGGGCCAUUAGAUGAUGGAUUAUGAUGAGCGCGUGCCCGUUGGGUCUAAUAUGUAUUUGCCUAACUGCACUUACUACGUUUCCGGAACGGACUUUUCCAGCCUUCCUCCUUUUCUGCCCCAGACCCCGUCUACUUGCCCCAUGACAUACUCUUACUCAUCGUCUAGUCUGCCCCAGGUUCAGUCCGUCCGAGAGGUAGCUUUCAGAGACUAUGCCAUUGACUCUGCCAGCAAGUGGCACCACCGGGCCAAUCUGCCACACUGCUACGCGCCAGAAGACAUGGUGCACCGAGACUGUCUGCCCAACCCGGGGACUUUAGGGGACAUGUUCUCAAAAAACAGCUCGGCUGUUUACCACUCGGGUUCCGGCCAUGCUUCCGGCGUGUAUGGCAGCGUUGGAAGGAACGGGGUUUUGCCCCAAGCUUUUGAUCAGUUUUUCGAAACGGCUUACGGCAACGUGGAGAAUCAAACCAGCGAGCAGGCAGCGAGCAGAUCUACCAGCAGUAAAGCGCCUCCAGCAGCUGCGGCAGCCCUGAGCUCGGGGACAGAGCCAUGCCGGGACGUCGAGGAGGCAGACCGCCGCGAGGAGACCAGCAGCCCCGAAUCGUCUUCCGGCAACAACGAGGAAAAAUACGCGAGCACAAAUGGACAAAAAACCCGAAAGAAGAGAUGCCCCUACUCCAAGUAUCAAAUAAGGGAACUGGAAAGAGAAUUUUUCUUUAGCGUUUACAUAAACAAAGAGAAGAGGCUGCAGCUCUCCAGGAUGCUUAACCUCACCGACCGUCAAGUAAAAAUCUGGUUUCAAAACAGGAGAAUGAAGGAAAAAAAGUUGAACAGAGACCGUUUACAGUACUACUCGGCAAAUCCUUUGCUGUAGAGGUUGUGUGUGUGUAUGUGUGUGUGUGUGUGUGUGUGUGUGUGAGAGAGAGAGAGAGAGAGAGAGAGAGAGAGAUAGGGUGAACUUCAAGGUCGCAGCGCCUGCACAUUCCAGGAGCUGAUCUGAAGGUCCAGAAACCUCAUUUCACCAUCUAUAGGCUAUGCAAUAUCGGCGAUUUUAUUAUUAUUAUUAUUAUUAUUAUUAUUAUUAUUAUUAUUAUUAUUAUUAUUAUGAUUAUUAUUAUGAUUAUGAUUAUGAUUAUUAUUAAUGUUAUUGUUAUUAAUAUUAUUAUUAUUAUUAUUAUUAUUAUUAUUGCAUCGCCUUUCAGUGUCAGAUACAUUUUACAGGGUUUUUUUUUAAUCUUUAAUUGUUUUAUGGCUUUAUUUUCUGACGAUCGUGUGUACUUUAUAUUUAUAAAUGUGAUAUGUAUACCUGUUCAAAACCAUGUAUAGGGGAGAAGUCGCUCUACAGAAGGAAAUUCACUUAAAGAAAGGAUCAUUAAUUCGAUUGUCUUUAUAUUGACAUCAUUUUUUUUUCUUUCUUUUUCUUUUUUUUUUUGUUUUGACAAAGCAAAUGAAUUGGUUUGUACAGAUUGUCUUCUACUUGAAUUUUGUCUUUUUUUGUGCUAGACUUUCAUCUAGGCCUAAAUGACCUGACUUAAUGAAUACGAAAGUGUACGAACUCUAAGACGUGUAUGAAGAACAACUUAAGAGCAAUAUCCAAGUGGACAAGGACACUGCUUAACAUGUUACCAUUUCACUACAAAUGUUAAGCUAAUAUCUUCCAAUUGUCAUACUGUAAUUUUUUUCCAACUUGUGAUACAUUAUGGACUAUGCAUUCAGAACUCGUUAUAUAAAUCGAUUCGUGAAAAGAAA